AGAACAGCAGCAUUGCUGCUAGUAAUGUAAUUGAAAUUCUCUUCUUUAUCCACUGCAUAAUGUUUUGUGAAAUGGGAUUGAAAUAUGCGAUUUACAAUGUGCAUUACUUUUGGGCAGGUCAUUGCGCACGAGGCGAGUUGACACAAGCGUGCUGUAAAGUGCAAAACCACAGAAAUCCGGGGUAUCGAUAAGGCGCGGGGUAUGAUCCGAGCGUCAUGACCGACGAGGCCUCUUGCACUUUGUGUAGUAUGAUUCUGACAUGUUGUUGGGAGCAAAGAGAGAGAUACGGCAGCGGUGCGAGAUUUGCGCAUGUAACCAGGGAACAAGCCAAUAGCCGGAGUUUCGAGUCUAGAAGAAGUGAUAUGCAGGGGCUAUUCGCAUGCAGACUCAAUUACCGGGCUGGCAUGUGGAUCCUACAACGUACAGUUGCAUUGGCAAUGCGGUGGCGAAAAUAUCAAGACUACGCGAAGACUCGAGUAAGCACGAAGAAGAUUCGUUAUUUCGUGUGGGACUCGACGAAGGAUUGGCAAGGCACCUGCUUGGUAAUAUGGCUAAAGGGUGUGGCGAAAUUUGGGUUUGAAGACGACAGCGUGGUUUCAACUUGGAGGUAUCGGUGAGGUAGUCUGGAGCGUCCGCGGUUGGCCGUAGCGUGCUAACUUGGCAGGGCAGGACGAACAGCAACCGGCAAGCCUACCGUAUCAGAAAGGGACCGCCGGCAGACUGGGUCCAGAAGAAGAGGUAAUCCCGCUACCGGCGGCAGCACUGGAUG